UUUUUAUGAAAACUGAGGCGCAAUCUGUUAUAUAAAACAUUAUAUAAUAGUAUCGAUUGAUUGAUAUUUUGCUAAUUUCUAAGCUUAAGAAGCGCUUUAAAAGUGUAGACAUUUAGACAUUCAGUGGUAGAGUCAGUGCCGGAGUCAGCAAAAUAUACCAUCGAUUGCAUCGUUAUUUGAUAUGUGUUUAAAAACAAGAGACUGAUAUCAACUAAAUUCAUGGAUUACGUAAUCACAUCCAUAGCUUCUCAGGUGAGAUGUGAUGCAAACGCUCUCCGGCUUAUAAUUUCGGCUCUUUUGGGUUACCCGAUAUGUGUUAUUUAUAAUAUAUAUUUAUCAAAGAGUCCGAUAAUAACCAAACAUAUAUACUAUACAUUAUGCGGUCUAUUCCUCUGUUACUAUAAUUACGGGAUCAAUACAAUACACUCUUUCGUCAGUUGUAUAUUUGUUUGGACAGUACUGACAUUAAUAGGACCUAAACGUAAAGCAAUUGCUUUAAACUUAACAUUUUGUAUGUCAUAUCUAUUAUAUGGCUAUUAUGUGACCCAAACUGGAUCUGAAUAUAUGUUUACGUGGACUAUACCACAAUGUGUGCUAACAUUACGUUUAAUUGCGAUGACAUUUGAUGUCUAUGACGGCCAUAGAAAUACUAAAAUAUUGGCCAAAUUGGCCACUGAUUCACCCACUUAUGCAAAGAAUAGUACAAAAUCAGACAAAUUGGAGCUCUUCAGUGAGGACACGGCUGUAGACAACUGUCCCACUUUAUUGCAAUUACUGUCCCACUCCUACUUUCCCGGAUCAUUCCUAAUUGGCCCUCAAGUCAAAUACAAAAAUUAUCUCAAAUACAUUGAGUCCAACGAUAAUUUUCUUCCCAAAUGUUGGCUUCCAGCAAUGAGCCGACUUAUGUUAGGACUCAUAUAUUUGCUAAUUUAUCAAAUUGGUUCAAUUCACUGGCCCUAUCAAUAUAUGAAUUCACCAGAAUUUGAUUCGUAUGGAUUUUUCAUGAGGGCAUCAGUUGUGGCAAUAAUAGCAAAAUUAACUUUAUGUAAAUACUUGUCCGGUUGGCUCAUAGCUGAGGGUGUUUGCAUAAUAUCUGGUGCUUCAUAUAAUGAAAAGACUGGUUCUGUGUACGAGUGCUCCAACGUAUAUGUGCUCAAGUUUGAGACGGCCACCACUUUCGGAGGACUGAUUCGGUCAUUCAAUUUAACAACCAAUGAGUUUGCCGCCCGAUAUUUGUUUAAAAGACUCAAAUUUCUCGGUUCACGAAUAGCCAGUCAUUUUCUGACACUUUUAUUUCUGGCCCUUUGGCACGGGUGGGCAACCGGUUAUUAUAUAACGUUUGGCAUGGAGUUCCUUAUUAUGAAAAUGGAAUGGGAGGUGUUAUCCUUAUUUAAUUCGUGGCGAAACCGCAAUAAAACAAUGGAUUCAUUAUUGAGUGCCUUUUAUAUUCGUUGGCCACUCCUUGUAUUUUUCAGGAUUUACACUAUCUAUAUGUUUGGCUAUUGUUUGGUUCCCUUUAUACUUCUCUCAUACACCAAAUGGAUACCUGUGUUGACACAAUUAUAUUUUUGUGGACACAUUAUAUAUGGCACUUGGCUUUUGAUCCCACCACUCAUUGUGCCAUAUAUUAAGGCAAAACAGCAAUAAACUCUCAUAUUUUAGUUAUUAUUUAAUAUAAGAUUUAUUUUUAUAUACACAAUAAUCUAUACUCUA